AAACACAAUGUUUUUUACAUAAUUACAGGUUGUCUGGGAGUGCUGCAGUGAAAUCCAAGAAUGUUUGUCUACAGUUGGUAGACAGUCAUACAACACUGACAAAUACAGGAGUGGUUCAGCUUUUUACUCAGCCACAUCCCCAGAGACACAUGCCAUCACCUUUCUGGGGAAAGACUCCCCCAAAACUCCACCCUCCUCCACGAGAUAGAAAGAAACCAUCCGAACGUGUCAGUGAAGAUGAGGGUCAGAGUUCAGGCUUCGAGGAUGAGGAAUCAGCAGCAUUGCAGGGGCAGCCAAGAUCUUCACCACUAGCACUUACUCGUCUUCUCAGUCGGUCCCGUGGAUCUCUGCUGGCUCCAUUUCCAUCACAGUCAGCAGAUGAAAGUGGAGUGAGAGACCGACAAAGCGAGCAACAAAAGUCUGCUGCUGGUAAUAGUAGCUCUAGUGCUGCAGCCCCAGUGAUUGUCCUACCAAAAGAAUACAACCCUGCAGCUGCUUUACAAGCUGUUGAGCAAUUACAUGGUUUCAUUAGCAGAACUUUCCACUGUAACUCUGUGUCACCAGUCCAUCAGAGCCAGCAGCAAGAAUCAGCUGCUAGUGUCACCUACAAGCAGGUUGUUGCUGGACGUAGGAUUCGUGAAAUGCAGGUCCUGGGUUGCUUGGUCAUUGAAUUGUUCCUUGCAUCAAAACUUCGACCUCUUGGCUAUAAUGGCUCAUUUUCUUUCAAUCACCGUCUGAGUGCCUGUCUUUCAGUACUUGCUCAUUCUGGAGAAAGUCUACCUCACUGUGUGCGACAGGCCAUCUCUCUACUCCUGCAGGUAGACCUGAACCCCACAUCAUGCUGUGAUGAAGAGAAUCCCAUAGUUGAAUCAGAGGAAGAUAUAUCAAGAAGCCCUCGGCCAUUUAAAAGAGUCUCUCAGCCUUUCCGUUAUCCUACAGUAACUUCUCAGGGCUUGCCUCCACCAUCUGCACAUCAGCUUCUUCAACCACUUCUCUCAUCAGCUGUUUUCCCUUUUCCUCAUCAUUUUACCAGAAUUUACUCUCUCCUCCAUACACUACAUGACUAUUCUAGCAUGGCCAGAGAACUUAGUUUAACUUUUGUUGUGACUGAGGAUGACAACUCUUGCAUGAAAAUUGAAGUAGAUAACAAAAAAGGUCUGUUCCUUGCAAAGAUUAGUGAGUGUAAAGUGAAAACAGCAGCCAGAGAACUAUCAACCCUUCUCCCAGAAAUGCUCUCUGCCUCACCAGAAAGUUUAGAUCUUAUUCUGCCAUAUGUCAGAGAGUUAUUGGAGGAUCCAUCAUCUUCUGUUCUUGCAGCAUGGCAUUUAUUUGAUCCAAUGGCAAAAGUGUUGGGACCUCAAAAAACAACUGCAACAUUGCUAGAGCCUAUAGUUAAACUUUAUGACAAUGACACUAAUGAUGAUAAUGACCUAGCCUCUUCAGAUACAGGCAACAAACGUGUCAAAUUAUAUCAUCGCAGCUUCCUCCUUCAGCUGAUAGUUCGCCUUGGCCUCAGAGUAUUUCUUGACAACUUUAUAGCUCCUCUUGUGGAAGCUGUUGGUGGCUACAGGGAUCUUGCACAGUCAGAGCAUCACCACAGAUCAGAGUUCUGGAAUAAGGCAUCUCAUCUCAAGAGCUGUGAACUAGAGGAGGGUUCCCAUGAAGUUGAAGGUGUUCUUUCACCACUGGACGAAGACUCUUCUGCAGACUCUGAUCAGAAUAAACAAAAUGAUGGUGCUGAAGGGAGAGAGAAGGAUAAGAUGGAAGAAGAAGCAUCUGAUGCAGAAAUUGAGCCAGAGGUGUUUGUGUUUGAGACAGGGGAGAAUGACAAAUCUUCGCCUCCAGGUGAAGGACAGGCUCCUCUGUACAAUCUGAUGGACCACCUUGACCUAAAUUUGCCACAGACUGGUGGAGAAUUGGAGGAUAACAGUUCUUUGGAAUUGCAAGGUGAUAAUGAACCCACCAUCUUACCAGAAGAAGAAGAUGAAGAAGUGGAUGAUGCAGGAAUACCUCAGAUUGAGCAGUCUCCUCCUUCUGGCAGUGAUCAAAGGUUUCAAGAGCGCGGUGUGUCAAGUGGUGGCACUUCUCAAAGGAGCAAAGAAUUGGGAAGUGCAUAUGAAGCUGGGAGAAAUGAUCCAGAUGGUUGUAGUCUCACAGGUGGACAGGGUGGCAUACAGAGGAGUGACAAGUCUCGGAAAUUGACGUCACAAUGCGAGGUAUCAGAUAUGAGUGUGGAUUCUGUUGUAUGGCUGUCCCAUCGUUUGGGUCCUGUUCUCACAGCACGCCAUUUGUCUCGGAAUCUUCUCCGCAUGUUGACACUUUGCUAUCUAGGUCAGGAAAACCUCUCUGCCCGUCCAUCUGAUGGCAGUAAUUGUCAGGAUAUCCUUGGUACAACUACAAUUACUAUAUCUAAAGGAGCAGUAUUUGGAGAUCAGAAUGCGAUCAAAGUAUUGGAGUGCCUUGCAUUGAUUUCAGCUUUGUAUGGGGAGCAGUUGAUAUUGUUGCAGUAUUUGCCCCACAUGGGGGAAUUGAUUGCACUUUGCAAGAGGAAGAUGACUGUAAAUCUGGAAGGAGGCCUUGUCGGGUGCCUUGCCCUACUCAAGCACAUCAUACCAUAUCUUUGUGAUACCACUCUUAUGAAUCAGUUACAGGAUGUGAUCCUGAAGACCAUUCUACAUCCAGCAGUUCGCCUGGUGUCUACAACACGGUUUAUAUUCCCAUCUGGCUGCAUUGCACGUAGUGCUGUUGCAGCCAAAUUUGUGGAUGCUGUGUAUGUUUUGGCCCUACGCAUUGGCUGUGAGAUGACCCGUCGCCAUUUGGCUGUUCCUUCUCUGCAGAGAUUCUUUCUCACAUUUGAUAAAGCAUUUGGCAGACCAGAAGAUAUUAAUUUAGUUUCAGGCAAAGUGUGUGAGGCCAAGAAGAACAGUCCUCUAAGAUCUGUAGAAGAAAACAGUUACUUGGAGAUUCGACGAGAUGGAACCACUGCUGAGUGGACAGUGAAAGGAAUGCCUAUGCAGAUUUCACAUGUAAGGGUACGUGAAAAUGACUCUGCGGACUCAUUCUCCCCUCCACCCUUGACUGGUUCAGAGGGCGAACACCCCCACGAUCAAGUAAGAAAUAAGGCUGUUGAAGAACUGAAGCAGGUGUUCACAGCAGAGUUGGCACAUAUGACAUACCUACCAUUCUUCAGGUUCCUUGGUGAAAAUGUUAUAGAUGCUUCACUCAAAAAUCAUGAUUUUGUGCGAGACUUAUGCCAUGAGUAUGAACAAGAGAUGCAGUCAGUACAUACCAGUGGAUGUUCUGUUGAUGUGUUGUAUCUUUCUGACUACCUUAGCCCUGGAGGGCAGAAGGACCCAGACAAGGCUACAGGAUCUGGUAGUUUUGGCAGUAAUGUUGCAGUUGUUGGUAAUAGAAUUGACUUGCAGAGAGCAGACAUAUCUUCGUUACAGCUUCACCCAUCUGGUAGUCCCAAUGUUCAAGCACCAGGUGGAGACAUGAUGGCUCUGAUAAGCAGGAAAAUGGAGAAUACCAAUAGGCAUCUUCGUGGGAAUUGGCUCGCAUACUGGGAGCAUGAGAUUGGACGAGCUGAGAAGGACACGCGUUUCAACUUCAAGCAGAUCAAACUGCAGACAUUCUCAGGCCAUACAAAUAGUGUACGGGCUGUUCUUGCACUUGACAAUGAAAACAGUUUCUUAAGUGGAAGUCGUGAUAAGACAGUCAAACUCUGGUCUUUGCGUAGCCAGGGUGAUGGAAGUACCAUGACUCCAUGUCAGUGGACAUACUCAGGUCAUCGUAAAACAGUCCUUGCCAUCACGUUCCUGGAGUCACUGCGUUUGGCUGCAUCCUGUGACUCUGUGGUGCACCUGUGGGAUCCGUUCAUGGGCUCUGUUGUGGCGCAGUUGGACUCAUCUCGCAACCCACCCAUCACAGUCCUGCGGGCUAUGCCACCACCAAGCACCUCACUCAUCGCUGCAACCAAUGAUGCUACCCUCCGCCUCUUGGAUGCUCGCACAUGCUCAUUUGUCAGCGAGCUUAAGGUUUCAUUGAGCCCAGCUGGGCUGAUACGUUGCAUAGCGAUGGGUCCAAGCGGUCACUGGGUGGCUGUAGGACAAUCAUCCGGCUGUCUCACGAUCCUAGACUUACGCACGGGUAUGGUACUGGCAUCAUGGAAAGGACACGAGGGAGAAGUUUUGCAGUUGGUGGCAGCUAAUGAUAAUACACUGGUGAGCUCAUCUUUGGACCAGACAUUGUCUGCAUGGGCAGCUGCUGAUGGCAAACUCAGUUUCCACAUGAAGGGCCCAACUGAGCCUGUGCACUGCCUGUCCGGGUACGGCUCUGAACUGAUAUCAGGAACAACUGCCAACCGGAUAGGUGUCCACACAUCUGUAGAUGCACAUGCUUCUUUCUCAUCUACGCGUCUGCGCUCGGAUACGUUCAAGGGGGUACUGACAGCAAUGGCUGUUCUUCCCCUGAACCGACUCCUACUUCUGGGUGCUGACACUGGCAAUAUAAGCCUCCUCUGUUAAUGCUGUUACUUCGUUUUGGUAAGAUUCUGUUCAGCAUAAAUGCAUAUCUUGUUUUCUUACAUUAAUUUUAUGGGAACACUGUAUAUAAUUCAGUAGGAUAACCACAAAAUAAACUAAGUAUGACAGAUAAAAUUAUGGUACAUACCCACAUUAUAGACAACUGUAGGUCCUUGAGAUCAGAAGAUUCAUAAGAUAAUAAUGAAGAAACAUUUAGUUCAACAGUAAUUUAUAAUAUUUUAUAUUUGCCUUGUUGCUGUCUUGUUUUGGUGUAACUGCACAUUUAUUAGUUUGGUAAUCAUAACUGACUACCUCUUGUUUUAGUAUUUUUAAUGUGUUCAUUAUUCUAAGCCCUUACAUUGAACAUUCACAUUAAUGUGUAUCAUCCAUUUAGCAUUUUGAUGUUGCUGCAUUAUGAGGUGUUUAGAAUCAGCUUCAAAAUGCACAGUGGAUGAUGAUAUACAUCAGUUUGCUUUAAUACACUUUAUGCUAGUGGCUGCACAUUUUGGCUGAGGGUUUGAUAUCUUUCUUAAAUUAAAACCCUGUUGUAAAUUUAAGCUCUGUAAUUUGAACACACCCUGAACUAUCAUUAGAUCUAUACAGCUUUCUCUGGGGUAGAAUAUCGUCAUUUAGAACAAUGUGGUAAAUUACACCAAUCAGAAAAGGAAGUGCCUCGGGAUAUAGUGGUAAGAAUAUGGUAGCCCUCUUUUUUUUUAAUAUGUGUGAUACUGAAUAGCUCUGUGUAGUUCUUAUGCAUGAUCUAGUUGGCCAUGCAUCACAGAAGUAUAGCACUAAACUGUUAACCCACUAGUUAGAGUCUGGUUGGCAGGCCUGUAGUUUGCAUGUUUAAAUCCCCAGUUUCUUGUAGAAUAGACAUUAAAAUUGUGUGUUGCUAUUCAGAUGUAGGUCUGGUACAGAUUAUUUGUUGCUGAGUCAAAUGAGAGGAAUCUUUGGGAGAAGUACUCAAAAAUUAUGAGCUGGGAAUUUUUAUUCCUGUGUGAUACAAAAUAAAAUAAAAAUACCCUUUGUAUAACCUCAAAUUCAGUGUGUGUCAUCUCACUUAGAUAUGAUGGUCUUUCUGGUUUGAGCCUAUUAGUGUUUGACAAGAUUAGUAAAAUAUAUUUAUUUCUCCUGCCAUUUCUUAACACAUAUGCUUAGUUGUGGAUCAUCAAAUAUAGAAAUUAUGCAUUACCAUGGAAAUAUGAUCAUAGAAGAAGUUUCUUAUACAAAAAAUUAAGUAUUAUAAGGGUAAGUACAUUUAAACUUAAGAAAGUUCAAGAACUGAAGUCAUGGUUUAAGAACAUUUGUUAAGUUGUAAAACAGGUUCUUAUUGAAAAACUUGUACUAUGUGGAAAAAAAUUAUUAUCUUCUGCCUGCAUUUCAUUCCUCUUCUUCCUUUGACAUUUCCAUUUAAAUGGCUUGUCUGCUGCAAGCAAUUUAAAAAGGUGUUUUUGUGUUAUAAUAAUCUUUCUCCACAUGUAUAUUUAAUAAACUUUGAGGUGUUAAUUAGUAAUAAUCCAAGGACAUAUGUACUGGUAUGAUGAUAUGUAUAAUAGAAAAGAAUGGUUAUAAUACCGAGUGUGUAAGAAACAUUUGUGGAAGACAGAUGUGUACUGUAUUUAUAUUUAUAAUAUGUGUGUAUGUGUGUGCACAUGUUAUUAUAUAAGUGAUUGUAUUGUAAGUUUUUAUAUUAUAUUUAAAAUACUCUUUAUUUGGAAAAGAACAUUUUUGAUAAAAUAGAAUUGUGAUAUGAUAUGGUACCAAGUUUUUUGAUGAUUAUGAUGUUGGAUGAAUUUCUUGAAUAAUCUAAAUGUAUGGAUCUGUUAGUGCUACUGAUGCCCACAAUGGCAGCAUUGUCAGAGGCAGUAACAUCUACAGAAGCAUUUCAGUGUACUUGGUUCUGUUACUGCAAUCAUUUUAUGAUGAUUCAUGCUUCCAUUGCAAUUAUUGCUGCAGGGACCUGUAAGUCUGCACCUGAUGCAGCAGGAAAUUGAAUUUUUGUGAAGAUCACACUUCAUUUGCAUUCCAUAAUGAGUGGUAAAAUAUUUUCAUGAAAUGAAGUUGGUGAAGUAUGUGUGUGUUUAAAAGAUAAAUUAGGUGCAGAUCAAAAUGGAUUCAUAAGAGGACUCUCAUGUAAUGAUAUUUUUUCUUUCAAAAUCUUAAUAGAAAAAUGGAAAAGUUUAUAUUGAAAUUUAUGUAGCUCUAGUUAACCUGGAGAAAACAAAUAUCGUAAAGAAAAGAACAGAAGCUGAGUUGGUGUACAAGUAAAUGCAGAGGAAACUAAGAAUGUGUUCAUGUCUUAGCUUGAGACUACAGGACCAAAUCGUUAUAUCCUUGUUGCUAGUAUGUCUUUGAAAAUGUGGCAGAAAUAAAAUAUUUUAGAGCAACUUUAACGAAUCAAAAUUGCAGUCAUGAAAAAGUAAGAGCAAACUAAAUUCAGAGAAUGCUUGCUACCACGCAGUUCAGAAUCAUUUGUCCUCUGUCUCCUGUCUAAGGACAUAAGUAUGAAACUGUAAUUUUAUGUGCUGUUUUGUAUGGAUGUGAAACUUGUCUGUUAAGGGAAGAACACAGAUUGAGGGUGUUUGAGAAUGAUACUGAGGAAAAUAUUGAUGCUUGAGAAGAAUUGCUUAAUGAGGAUCUACAUACUUUAUACUCUUUACCAUAUAUUAGUAGUGUGAUAAAAUUUGAGGAUGAGAUGGGUGGGGCAUGUAGUGAAUAUAGAGGAGAUUAUAAGUGUGUAUACGAUUUUGGGAAAUUGCCUACUUGGAAGACCCAGACUCAUAUGGGAGUCAGUAUUGGAAACGAUCUUUGCAAAAGAGGGUUUGGGGUGUAGGUUGGAUCUAUAUGGCUCAGGGUAGGGCUGAGUGGGCUCUUUUGAAUGUGGUAAUUAACCUGUGAGUUUCAUUGAAGACAGUGAAUUUUGACUAGCUAUGCUUCUUAUGAAUUUUUCUGCUUCAUGGAGUUAAAUUUUUGGCUUAGUUAUUUUGUGUGCACUGAAAAUGCAUGUUUGGCAAUGGGACCUAUGCAAUAAGCACUGAAUGAAAAUGUAAAUUUGUAAUGCUUGUAACACUUUCUGACACUACACACAUUCAAAUUAUAUAAUUAAAUUACCAUUCUGGGCACAUUUUGUGUAGAGUACAUUAUGUUACACUUUGAAUACAUCUUUAGGGUUUAUUUCUUCCUCUGAUGUUAACUUAGAGACCUUACCACAGUCACAGAAAGUUAAUUUAUAAAGAUUGUUACAGGAUACAUAAUUUACUUCAGUUACAUUACUAAUACUGCAAAAGCUCUUUGUCUGCACAAAUAGCCCAUAAUUAUUAUAGACCAGUGUUGGAACUAGCGUGAUUUAGUGGUUAGCAUAGUUGAUUUUUCAAGAAACUGUCAAGAGACCAAAUACAUGAUGGGGCAUAAGGAUGUGAUGGAAUUUUUUAGGCUGCAAUGUGAAAUACAUCACAUCCUCAUGCCCCAUUCUACAUAACAGAAUUGAGGCAGAUAUGGGUGUGAUGAUUUCUAGGAUUAUUUAUAUAACUUAGUUUUAAUGUAUGGUAGUUUUGUCAUUGUAUUUGAAAGAAGGAAUCUAAAUGUAUUUCCUUCAUGUUGUAUAUAUGUCUCAAAAUUGUGUACCAAAGAAUUAUUGGAUAAUAUCAGAAAUGAGAAAUGAAAA